ACUUCCGUAAGUAUUUUUCAUAACAAAAUGGUUGCCAAAUCAGCUGCGUAGAGCAGUAUAGUUUUCUAAUUUCUCUCUUCGUUUACGGCGCUUCAAAAUGGGCGAUCUUUUUGGUAGUUAUGAGAAUACAUUUGGUACGAUGACGGCUGAAAUUACAGCGAAAAUUGGCCGGAUUCCUAGCUUAGAAGGAGGUAAAAAUGACGUCUAAUUUUUGUUCAUUUGUGAUGUGUCAAAUUUUGAAAUUUUCUGAGGUGACAUAUAAUUUUAACAUCAGUAGUUUGAAUAUAUAAAAAUGAAGGAUAGAAAUUGUUGUUUGGUUAAUGAAAAGAUAAAUCUAUUAAACAAUGAUUUUUUUCUUAUAUUAAUUUGAAAUGGUAUAUGGAAAAUUAUGGUAACCCUGUACAAAGAAUGUAAAUUGUCUGCUUAUUUAUACCAAAACCAUGAUUCCUUUCUUGAAAAAAACUGGUGUUUUCGUGUCAAAGGAAAUUUGGAACAGUCUUUGCGACUUGUUCCGUGAUGGGGUUCACCCCCUCCUCCAUCACAGAACAAGUCCGGUUGUCAACGGCCCUUUCGUUCAUACCGUCCAAUUAUUUGAAUGUGCCUCUACGCUCUUUCCCUGUGUACAAACUCCUCUGUGUAUUAGCCCAAGGGCUUAUUAUUAUUAACAUGAUGGGAAUUUCAACAGCUUAUGCGAGUGACAAUAUUACAUUACUGAUUACAGUAUUAUAAUAUUUUCAUACCAUUGAAUGUACCUCUAUCUUCUCUUCCUGUGUACAAACCCCUCUGUGUAUUAGCCUAUGGGCUUAUUAUUAUUAACACAACAGGGAUUUCAACAGCUUAUACGAGUGAUGAUAUUACAUUACUGAUUACAGUAUUAUAAUAUUUACUGUAACCAACUUGUUUUAUUAUAUGUAUAUUUCUUUUUGUUUACUGUCGUUCCAAUUGAAGUGUUGCUUAAAUAUUGAUUCAAUACAUUACCUCGGGCUGACUAAUACAUUUCAUCAAGUUCCUCGAGAUAUCCAUACACUUCCUGUGAAAGAGCCAAUUCCAAGUAUUUGAUAAUUUCUGGUCACUUCCUGUCUAUUUAUGAUUGAUUAGUUGCACAAACAACAAAGGUGAUUGGUGCAUUCAAACUAUUCAACAGGAAGUUUACAAUUAUACUAGGAAGUGUAUGAAUAUCUCGAGGAACUUGAUGAAAUGAAUUGGUCAGCCCGAGGUAAUGUAUUGAAUCGAUAUUUGAGCAACACUUCAAUUGGAACGACAGUAAGGCAUAUAGUACAGGUGUAUGUACCACAGAAUACUGCAAAAAUUUACAUGUUCCAUAUCUUUUGUCUAAUGUAUAUAAUAUGGUUCCUUAAUAUUUUUUAGUAUAGUCUAUCGAUAUAUUUUUUCUUCCUGGGGGUUUUGGGGCAAGAUUUCAUAGACUUAAAUAUUUUUUUUAAAUGAAUAUUCUGCGGAAAAAAAAUCCAAUGUACCACAGAAUACCAGUGCAGAGGUAAGUCAGCAACGGUUUAUCGAAUUGUACCAGGAUUUGGUGUGUCAUUUUGCAUGAUAAUACUGUGGGAUAUUGUGAACUUAACUUAAUUUAGUGAAAGUUAAACACUAAAAUCAGUACAGAAUACCAGUGGUAUAUAACCAAAGAAUACCAGGUGUAUCAAUAAUUUUGAAAAAUUCAGUUUUUCAAUGGUAAAAUUGAUUACACUGUGUGAUUCCAGUGUAGUAAUAAUAUUGCAUUGCAUAGAAAAAGUAUAUUUGAUCAACGUAAAUUAUGCUGGUUUGCAAACUUAUUUUUAAACAUUCGGAUUUUAUAGGCAUUAUGCGAAAAAAAAGUACCAAAAAUGUAGAAUGUUAAUUUUUGUUAAUCCUCAUUAUUUUUAAGAAUUUUUGAGAAAAUAUACAUUUUUUUAUUUUAUAUGUCAAUUAAGACUAAAACUAAUAUAUAAUCACAAAAAUAAAGUUUAUAAGCAUAUUUCCUUCAAAUUUUAUAUAAGAAAUAAAUAAGACUAGUAUUCUGUGGUACAUACACCUGUAGAAUGAAUAUUAUUACUAACAUGAAAUGUUGUCCGUAUAUAAGUCCCCCUGUAUGUAAGCCCUCCCAUGUAUACGUCCAUCAAAAAAUGUUUACGAACAAAUAUAACUACACAGCUAAAAACGAUCAGGUUGUUGCAAUAUUGAUGAAAACAGGAUUGAACAAUGUUGAGCAGCCCACAUUGUUCACAGUUAUCAACAUUGGUGAACAAUAUUGUUACACCCGAUUCAGGCUCAACAUUAUUGUUCAAUAUUGUUGACAACUGUGAACAAUGUGGGCUGCGCAACAUUGUUUACUCUGUUAAACAGCGGGCUCAUAUUUUUACAUGUGUAUAUAAGCCCAGGGCUUAUAUUCAGAGGUUUACUGUGUAUUAGGGGGAGGAUUUAUCAAUUGAGACUUUCAUCCUGUUCAGGGACGUCGCUAAGUCAUCAACAUUGGGGGGUGUCGUCAUGUUUUGACCAACAUUUAAUAGAAUUUUGACCAAGUCGGCGGGGGAGCAACAAAAUUUUUCCGACUAAUAUAAGAAUACUUAUUUUCGACCAAAAUAAGCAACGCUUGCCAAUUUUUCACCACAAUUUACCGAAUUUGACCUUAAAUUUUAAAAAAAUAAACAAAUAUCAGUUCCAGUUUGACCAACUUUGAGCAAAUACCAGUUCCAUUUUGACCAAUUUUGACCAACGUUUGAAUUAUUGGGGGGGGGGUACACACCCCCUAUACACACACACACCCUGUAGCGACGUCCUUGAUCCUGUUUCCCCUCUCGUUAUUUUGUCACUUCAUUUUAUAAAAAACAAUUUUAGGAGUGAAGAAAAAUGAAGUAAAAAAUGUUGAGAAAUUAUUUGAAGAAGUCAAGGAAUUGGUAAAGUUGACGAUUAUACAUUUCAUGUAGAGUACCUGCCAAAGACAUGGCAAACAGUCUUUCCACAGGGGACGACAAACAAGUAGGGGUGCACCGGAACCAAUUUUUAAAGUUCCGGCCGGAACCGGAUCAGAACUGAUUUUCUCAGAACGUUCUGUUUUUCUCUAUUCUGUGGGUUAAGCCAAUGUCUCUUGUUAACCCCAUCAAUGCACAAGACUUUUCCCUUGAUGAGUAAAGUUGUCUGGCUUUAGGGGAAGUAAAAUAACAAAGUAGGGCACUUUAUUAUUUACUCUGCCAGUAAUGCCAGAUUGUUUUACUUGUCAAGGGGAGAGUCUUGUUGAAAUGAGUUGAUUUGACCGGGAAGCAUUCAAAUGUUUUUUACUCUUUCAAUAUAUAGCUUGAACAAAUGGAUUUGGAAGCUCGUGAACAGCCGGGGUCAGACAAAACAAAAUACUGUAACAGAGUAAAAUCAUACGAGAAAGAAGUCCAGAAACUCGAACAGGAGCUGGUAUGUUCAACAUAUCUAUUAAGAGGUCAAUCUCGUUCCCCGAGCCUGCGAUCCUUGGGAAGGAACGUGAGGCUCUGGGAUAAUCUGUUCCAGGAGGAAUCUGAUUGGCCGUUGAAGUGGAAUGCAUAGUUCAAUUUUAGCCAGGAUUCCUGGCUUCCGGCAACAGAUUAUCCCAGAGCCUUGCGUUCCUUCCCGAGGAUCGCAGGCUCGGGGAACAAGAUUGUUAAGAGGCAAUUUUUUUCAAUGUGGGGGGAAACUUCGCAUCUUCGUAAAAAUAUUUAGAUUAUAAAUGAAUAUUUUUGAAAUUUAAAUGUUUUAAACUUGUAGAAAAAAGCUCAAGUAAAGUUUGGUGACUAUGAAGCUGAUCGCAAUGAGUUACUUAAUUCUGAGUUUACAUCAAGCUCAGAAGAUCAGGUUUGUCCUGAAUGCAGUUAUAACUCAACUUCUAUUCAUUAUUGUAUCAUAUAAUUAUCAAAGUAAUUUUUAAAAAAAUAUGUUGUGUAAGUCGAGAAAAUCUUACUCUUUAUUUUAUUUUAUUUGAAUUAGUAUUAAAUUAAAAUAGUAACCCUGCAAAUAGUAUAUGUAAAUUGUCCGCUUAUUGCCCAAACCAUGGAUCCUUUCUUGAAAAAAACCUGGUGUUUUACUGUUUUGUGUCCAAAAAUAAUUUGAAACAGUCUUUUUUGGAACAGUCUUCCUGUUGAUAUCAUUGAAUAAUACAUGUAAUGGACCCGCAGUAAAUGGCCUUAGCUGUUGCAGGCUCCAAGCUUGAGAGGCGAAGUGUAAAUAAAGAAAUAAAUUUCUUUGUAGAGAACUAGGCUACUGGAUAACACUGAAAGGCUAGAUCGAAGUUCAAACAGAUUGGAUGACGGUUACAGAAUGUGUAUCGAAACAGGUAUAGCAAGUUUUAUAGAAGAUCAAAAAGUUUUUUCAUGGCAUUUCUAUAUCUUUAAGUUAAAAAAAAAACACACCCACAACUAAAAUGUUUCAUUCUUUCCAAAGAGGAAAUGGGCACAGCUAUUAUGGAUAACUUACAAAGAGAUCGAGAAGUCAUGACGCGAACAAGAGAAAGGGUAGGACUAUCGUUGUUUCUGAAUGCACCCUUUCGAGAAGUAGCUACUAUCACUUUAGCCACAGUAAAACCCCGCAUAUAAGAACCUAGAUUUUCCAAGUUAGCCUAAUCAGGUUCUUAUGUGAAUGGUGCUAACCAGGAAAUUAGGCUAAACAGGUUCUUAAAUAGCUUCUUGUUUUCUUAAGAAAAAAGCAACUCAUUGUAUAUGAUUUCAGGGCUGCAAAUUACUGUCGGACAUCGAACAAUGUCCGACUAAAUUUGACAAAUGUCCGAGCAAAAGUAAUUUUGAUCGGACAAAAAAAAAUUGUCACAUUAUACAUUUUUUUUCUGUGACAAAAUCCGAUUGCAAAUUCACUCAAUUUGCAUUUUGCAAUAAAAUUUACGAGGCUUUCUAGCAUUUUACUUAACGUCGCGCCGGAAUGGCUAUACAUACUUGUCUCGUGACUUAUAUAUUUCUUGUGACGUAUAUAUAUGUCCGACCAAAUUUAGUGGUGUUGGAUUUUGUCCGACCAAAUUGAAGUUAUGUCCGACCAAAAUUAAAAGUGAUCGGACAAAUGUCCUGUCAAGUCAAAUAUUUAUUUGCAGCCCUGUGAUUUAUAUAAAUUAUGACAAACAAAUCUCGAACUCAUUAAUAAUUCAUGAGCAAAUUAGCGAAUGAACUCACCCUAAUUCGUCACAUGAUUGAGGUUGGAUACCGCAAGGAAACACGCUAAAAAUCAUAUACCAUCACUGUUGUUAGAUGAAAAACGGUUUUCAUCUAAUAACUGAGAUCCUAAUUACAAAUUCAAGUCAAAACACAACAAUAUACUAUAAUAAUAUAUAUAAGCCAAUGAAAUGUUUUCGUUUGAGAUGUUAUGUAAACAACUCGUUUCUCGUGUUUCAUCAGGGGACCAAACACUCGAAAACAAUAAAACACUCGCGCUUCGCGCUCGUGUUUCAUACAGUUUUCUCGUGUUUGGAUCCCCUGAUGAAACACUCAAACUCGUUGUUUACAUAUAACAUGAACAUUUAAAAUAAUGAUAGUGUAUGCACUGUACCAACUCUAUAUGCACUUUAAAGCUACAUUGAUUGUAACAAUUUUGACUCUAUUUGAUAAUAUAUGAAGAAUCUGUUUUAAAAUUCUAUAGCCUGAAGAGUUUCUUCUCUAAAUAGAAUAUUUUAACCUAAAAGGUUCUUAAAUUCUAGGUUCUUAUAUGCGGGGUUUUACUGUAUAUAGAGCUCGUUUUUGUGUAUCGGACAUUAGUUCUCCAAGCAUCCUAAUAUAUGCAAGGUGUCCAAAAAAAAACCCCAAAACUAUUGAAAUAACGUAUUGUUAGAAUUCGAAUGCCGCAGCACUAUAAGCUGAACGCAAAGAUAUCAAGCUUUUAUGCAUUUGUAGGUUCAGCCGAGUCCUAAGGCAUUCAAGUUCUAACAAUAUGUUAUUUCAAUAGCUUUGGGGGUUUUUGGGACACUGUAUAUAUUGAGCUUCGUUUUCAUGUAUCUGACAUUCUCAAUCGCGAAAACAAGGCCUUAUAACCAUAGUGACAUAUCCUUUCCAGUAGGGUGUAUUACAAGCAGAAAAUAUUCACUAUAUAAAAAGAUUCGUAUUACGUGCAAGUACAGGAUUAAAAUGUGUUUUUCAACCGUCACUUUAGUUACGAAAUACAGACCAAAAUCUAGGAAAGAGUUCAAGAAUUCUAACUGCAAUGAUGAGAAGGUAAUUUAAAGUUUUAAAAAUCUUUUUGACUUUCUACCUCUCGCUAGCUCAAGACGCAUUUGAUUGGUUAGUUGGGUAAAUUAAACCCAUCUGAUUGGUUAAUGGUAGUAUAAAUCAAAAUCUGAACCUCUAUCAAUUCCAGGGCCGUAGCAACCGGGGGGGGCUGGGGGAGCCCCCCCCCCCAAUAAUUUGCUAAUAAUCAUUCUUUUUUCCAAAUCUUGCAGACUUUUAUCAAUUUUAAGCUUUAUUAUUUUUAAGCGGCUACAUUAUCCAUGACAAACUGCAAGGAAUGAAGAUAUUACCCAUACUUUCCUGCAACUUAUCCAAUAUAUAGUUAAUUAAAUACACCUUCGCCCAUUUAGUACUACCAAACUGUAAAUUUGGACAUACUAAAACGCUGUUUUCUGACCAUCAAAAUUCCGUCAAAUCUUCCCCAAAGUCCAGGAAAUGGCGUUUCAGAGACUCUAAAUUUAAAAAUUUCCUCGGGCCUUUGGCCCUCGCUUUCAGUCCCCCCAAUAAAAAAGAGCUUCCUACAGCCCUGAAUUCACAUGACACUGCAGAAAAUAAAGAAAAAUCCGUUUUCUCACCCGAGAUACCUUCGGGUUUUGUGAUUGUGAAACCAAUGCCAAUGAGGAAUAUUUUUGUCACCACGUGAAAUCUUGCUUUGGUGGUAUAACAAAUAUUAUAAUUUUAAUCAGAAGGGCACAUUGCCUAGAACUCGUAUAAAAAGCCUGCGCAGAGCGUAAAAGAUGUGGUUUUAAGUUUCUUCGAAUAAGGUAAAAGGACAUUGGCAAUAAAAAAUUAGUUUGUCUCAUUCAAAAGAACUCUUAAAAUUAUAUAUUAAACUCUAUUACCGAUUUGUCAUAUCUUGCUUAGUUCUCGAAAUAUUUGAUGACGUUAGGAGUUGGGUUAACCAUAUAAAACUACUCUAAAAUGACCGAGUAACAAUCCAAAAGUGUUUUUGAAGUACUAUUUAAAAUAUGAGCAGCAGUGUUUUAUCAGAUAUAAAGAUACGAGGCGAAGCCGAGAAUCUUUAGGUCUGAUAAAACACGCACUGCGAAUGUUUUAAAUUGCUUCAAAAAUGAUCGAUCUAGUAAGUUCAUUAGCGAAGUAAUUUUCAAAACAUAUGUUGUGUAAGUCGAGAAAAUCAAAGUUAAAGUUUAUGUAAAUCAGGGAAAUCUCUAUCACAUAUAAAGAUAAGACACGCUUGUGUUUUCCUCAUGAAUUAUUAAUGAGUUUCUGAAAUGUUUUUAAUCAUUUCUGAAUUUCAGACAACAACCAGAAACGAAGUUUUGGACCCAUAUUGAUCGUUUACUCUCGAUAUAAAAAAUUAGCGUGACCCCUCUUUUGACGUAACAUGCAUAUCCUCAAUAAUCCAAGAUGGCGAACAGCUCACUUUUUUCAGUCGAAAUAUUUUGAAAACUGAGCAAGAUAUAACAAUCUGUAAUAGAGUUUAAUAUAUAGUUUUAAGAGUUCUUUGAAAUGAACUAAACUAUCUUUUAUUGCCAAUGUCCUUUAUUGAAGAUAAUGAGUAUAAAGUCUGCAGUUUACAAUUAGUCCAACUCUCGAUGGAAGCCAGUCUACAUUGGACAUUUUGCGCAACGCUGUGGGGAACAGCAAACUUUGGAGUACUAACUACCCAUGUUCUGAUAGCCCUCUGAGUCCCCAGGUUUUAGGGGUUAUAUUGAAAAUCUUCUUUCUGGUCUCUUACUUUUUCUAGAGUUAUUCAAAAUAAAAUCAUAAUGGCUGUGAUAUGUCUGAUCAUUCUUGGCGCGAUCGGCUUCGUCAUUUACUACUCUGUCAAGUAAAUACUCGAGCAGGAGUUGAUGAAGUCAUUCUGAUAUCCCGGUAACGAUAAUUGACAAUGUACAGCAAUUGAAUUUCAUUUGUACAGUAUACACAGUGUAGUUCGCGCGCCUGCAUAUAACUUUAUUUAUGAGUGUACGGCACCUGAAUUAUUCAAUAUCUUGCAUGACAGUCAGGGGCGUAGGAAGCAUCUAAAAGUUGGGGGGUGGCAGGCUUCGAGGGGCACUUUUCGAAUAAAAAAGGCACCUAAAAAUUUUUUCCCGCGAAUGUUUGCGACGGGGGGGGAGGUAAUCUCAAGAAAUUUUCCGGACAUAUCCCAUUUUUUCCCCAAAAUGACAAAAAAUUUUCGGACAUACCAAAAAAAUUUUCCGGAGAUAUCAUAUUUUUUCCCGAAAAUGACAACAUUUUUCCAGACAUAUCAUAAUUUUACCCGAAAUAACAGAAUUUUUCAGGACAUACCAAAAUACAAAAACAAAUGCAAUCAAAAAUCAAAGGCUAUUGGUCAGAAAAUGUAAUCUAAACGAGAUUUUUCACGGAGGUAAAGGGCAAUUUGCUCCCGGAAAAGGGGCACUUUUGAAAAGUUGGAGGCCCUGGCCCCCCGGUUCCUACGCCCCUGCUGACAGUGCUUCUAAAUCAUAGCAAUCAUAGAUAGAGAAUGCGUGAUCCUAUCUUUUCUCAGUAAAAAAAUUGUCUCCACAAAAUGGCGGAUUUGUAAGGGCAUUUUGGCUAGUCCGGCAACAAAGUUUGCAAAAAAUUUUAUGUCGAGACUUAAAAUGGAGAAAAAAACAUUCCAGUGGGGUGUUUGUACGAAAAGCAAUAGUUCUGAACACAAUAUAUACAGAAAUCGUCGUUUAAAAAUACAUUUUCAACGUUGUUUUGCAAGCCAAAACAAAACACGAAAGAUCGAGACAAACAUGGCGUAUUUAUAAGGGCACGCAUGAGAAAAAGUGGAGACAUGGUACGCAUUCUAUAUCUAUUAUUUUUAUGAAAUUUUUUUUCUCUGUGUUGGUGUAAUGUACUCAGGUGAAUAUGUUUUAUGGAUUUAGAACAUAGAAAUAAUAUGCUUGUGAUGUUCUUCCCACCGUGGCCAGGCAUAUUUUUCAAGCUUGCCCGGUGUGGAUAUACACUCAGAGCUGCCUCGUCCCCAGGCGCUAAUAAAAAAAUUUCAUGCGAGUCACUAUAUGAAGGUUUACAUGAAGUAGUGCAUCACAUUAUAGGCGCGCAAGGGUCCCUGCGCUUGUUCGUCGCGAUGCACUACUUCAUGUAAACCUUUCACAUAGUGACUCGCAUGAAAUUUUUUUAUUAGCGCCUGGGGACGAGGCAGCACUCAGAGUAACAUCACAAGCAUAUUAUUUCUAUGUUCUAAAUCCAUAAAACAUUCGCAUAUUAUGCAAAUACUGUAUAUUUUUGAAAUCCGCCACAUUUAAUUAUUUACAUUAGAACCCAAAGCAGUAAAGCACAACAAGUUUUCGCAGCUCAUGUCCAUGAUUUCCACUGAUAAUAGCAGCGUAGGAUCGUCCAAUUAUUUCAGUGUUCGAAGCGAGAAGAAACGAUACUUCCAUAUAUGGCACAAACGUGUCCCCAACUUCCAGUUAUAUGGCACAAACGUGUCCCCAGUAUAUUUUAUCGAGGCUGAUAUGAUCUUAUAGAUUCCUCGCGUUCGAAACGAUUUGAACCCGUCACGUGGUACAGAACCCAGACUGCUGAUUGGGUUAGCGAGUGACAACGCCCACUUUGAUCCUACCUUCCUGUUAUCAGUGGAAAUCACGGCGUGACGUAAUAUUUCGCGCGAGCCGCGAAAUCUUGGGUUGUAAUGUAAAUAUGGCGGAUUUUGAAAAUAUACAGUAUUUUCAUAACAUGUAAUUGUUUUUUAUGGAUUUAGAAGGACUGUCAAGGAAGAUAUUGAAUAUUUCAGGUGCCGUACUCUAUAUUUUAACUGGUAUUUAGGUAGAAUACUGCUGUUGUCAAAUUGAAUUGGUCCUAAAGCCCGUCUCUGCAUAUUGGUCAUAUAUUUCUGUAUAAUACUCCCAACCAGUCAGGAACUAGUGUUCAAAAUGUGUCAUUCAUUGUUUUGAAAAUCCGACAGGCGAACACGACCGAGGAAUAUCUCGCGUUAGCCCGCACGCAACCUGCAUGCCCUCGGCCCGCUUUUCAACACUGAGCUAUAUAUUUCCAUAUGUAAUGCUAUAAUAUACAUUGCUCUUCAAUAAGACCUGGAGUGGGCUCCCGUGAUCGAAAUCAUACGAGGAUCACGAAUUUGAAAAUUUCAAAUCAAUGAAAGAAAAUUAUAGAUUCUUUUGUUUGAAUGCUCAAAACUGGUGUUGCUUAGAAUUUUAAAGUAUUGUGUUUUUGCUGUGUUGGUGUAAUGUACUCAGGUGAAUAAGAUGCUUGUGAUGUUAAUCUGAGUGUAUAUCCACACUGGGCAGGCUUGAAAAAUAUGCCUGGCCACGGUGGGAAUCGAACCUACGACCUUUGGAAUACUAGCCCAAUGGCAAUGCUCUGCCAACUGAGCUACGCGGUCAGGUCGGUUCGAGUAUGUGAUACUUCGGAACUGAGUCUAGUUCCUUCGAUAUUAGUGUAAUCUAGUAAUAAUGAUAUUUGCCCAGAGCAUUGGGCUAGUAUUCCAAAGGCCGUAUAGGUUCGAUUCCCACCGUGGCCAGGCAUAUUUUUCAAGCCUGCCCGGUGUGGAUAUACACUCAGAGUAACAUCACAAGCAUAUUGUGUUUUUACUUCAUGUAUAACUGGACUAAUAUCUCUGUACUAGAGAUGAGGCGAAAAAAUGAAUAUACAAUGCCGGCUUUCAUCUUAACCAUAAAUAUAAAUUAAUAAUAUGGAUAAAUCGUAUGUGAUAAUAGUUGAAAUAUUAGUAAAAAUAUUAGUGAAAUAUUUGUAUCUAAUGACUAAUAUCUUGCUAGGAUUGUAUAAGUUGAGGUCAGGCCGACAGAAUUAUUUUAUAUGUACAAGGUUUUCAACAUUAUUCUGAGUAGCUGGCUGUGUUGAUAAUCUGUAUAUUGAUGGUGGAAUAUCUCAUUUUGUGUCCAUGGAGAGAAAUUGGCAAAACCUAUAGUUAUAUCGGUGCCCCAGCGACUAAAUAUGCGAGGCUAAGAUCUUUACCAUGCCGGUAAGGAACCCGUAUUGAUGGGAAGUUAGAAGAACGGCGUUGUGUUAAUUUGGGCGUGCAUUUCGGCGCUUUGAAGUCUAUAUUACUUUUCUAUUUCCAACGCGAAAUGAUAUUCAGCGGUUUCUUUGGAGUUUACUGGGGGGAAUCUGAAAUGAAAAUUCAAAACAUUGAAAAAAAGCAUAGGACGGAAAUGCAACGCCG